AGUGUGCACUCACACUGUGGCUGUGUGGUGCGUUCGCUACAGCGUACGCAACGUAACGGACAGAUGUAUGAGACGAAUCGCACACAGACACUCGCCGUCUACCGUGUUAGUCAUUCAAAACAUCGAAAUUUCAUAAAUAAAUGUACAACCGUCGCAUGUUCGCACAAUCGCGCUUGCCGCUCUGUGUAUACCAUUCACAACAGAUGAUAUUCAAACGUUAACCGAAAAAGUCGUGUUUGAGGUUUGCGCAAAAAAAACUUUUACACACAUCGUCCAAUUGAUUGUUGUUGCUAUUUUCGAUAGCCGCAUAAUCGUAGUUUGUUUAAGAGAGACACGAGUCAUCGAGACGGUUGAGAAUAAAAUCGAAAUUAUCACAGCAUCAAAAUUGCUUGACAUAUAAACCGUUCCAGUUUUGUUCUGUGUGCUAAAUUGCAAGUCAGAUAGAAUAUUCGAAAAAUAUUUUAACGAUUUCAAUCAAUGACAUCAUUUUGUUGAUUUCACAAGAACACACUUGAAACAAACACGUAUUCGCAACAGUUUUUGUUUUUUGCUUGUAAAACAAGCAAUAUCACCUUGGAGUUUUGUUCAAUUGUGUACUAUCAGUUAUUACAACAUACUUUUAUCACACGGUGUGCUCAUCCGAUGCCGGUUUCGUAAGCGAAUAGAAUACAAGUGCCAAAUGUUAAUUGAGUUCAAUUUGCAUUGACGUUAGUUUUUUCUCUCUUGAGUGUAUGUGAAUUUAUUUCAAUUGAAAAUCUUCAGUUUUGGUUAAUUAAAUCGAAGAAAGUGUAAGAAGAUCGAAGAAAACAAACCUUGUUGAAACAUUUAUUGUUUCUUCUACUGAGAAAAUUCAAUUGAUCCGGAAAAUUUUGAAGAAAUAUUUUGAAAAUACAUUGAAAUUAGUUUUGAAUAUAAAAUAUUGCAAAGAAAAGCAUAGUGUUUAAACGAUUUAGAAAACAAAGUGAUUAAUCUCAAGCGGUGGAAUUUUAAUUAAGAAACAUCUUUCGACGAGAACAAUUUCGGAGUUAGCCGGUGUGAGCAGCGAAAAUUAUUCGGUAAAUAGAACGACACACAAACACGUAACAGUCGCAGAAAAAACAACAACAACACAGAAAUAAAACAUGGCAACGUUUAUUCAACAUCCCCAACAUGCACCACCACCACCGCCGCCACCAAAGCCAAAGGCAAAAUCGACAAAUCACAAUUCACAUGAAAAUAACUAUGUCAGUAGUCAAGUUAGCUACAAACAGAACGGUAACAAUCACUACGAUUCGGUGCCACCGCUUGACGAGGAAAAAGUUGUGAUGACACCCAAAGGGAAGACCUCAAAUUCAACGGUGAUUUUAAUUGAACGCAAAUUGAUUGACACAAUCAAUGAAAGACAGCAUGUGGCCGGUGGCGAUCACACAGGCAUCAUUAUCAACAAAGAUACGGCCAACGGACUGGCAAAAUCUCAAUUGCCACAGGCUCAGUUGAGCCUGGAAUUUCGCGUAUUUUUGGUCAGCGGCAAUACAGGACAGCACUCACAAGAGUCACGUACACUUCGAUUCUGGUUUCGAUCAUGGAUUACAAACGAAGACAAACAAGCGCAUGUGGCACAAGAUUUCUUCCGUGAACUCGUCAGCCCAAAAGAUUUUCCAAGAGAUUAUGUCGGAUUCAUUAAAAAAAUUAUGAAGUUAAUGCAAAAGGGCUACAAUGAAAUCCAAGCAUUGGAAGUGGAACUACGAAUUAUGGAACAAACAUCGGCACCACCAUCGCGACCACCAAGAGAAGGUCAUUUGAUUUUUUGUUAUGGCGAUUGUGAGCGUAAAUAUGAAGAAGCGAUGGACUCGUUGCGUGAAAGCCGCACAGUUUCAUUCGAAGAUUCGCAAUACGAAGUCGUGCCAUUGACCGCAGAGAAGGUGCUUGAAUUCAUCGAACAAGCUUAUCCAAACCCAAUUACACCAGAGGAUUUAGCACGAAAUCAUGGCUGGUCCGAGGAAGAAGUGCUUCAAAUCAUGCUAUCACUUCAGAGUCGUGGUAUCAUCAAAGCCAUGGAAUUCAAUUCCUUCACUCGUAUCCAUCACGAAGACACGGAAAUCAAGGUCGUCAAACAAAUGCCAACUAUUGCUUCGAACAAGCAACCGACCAUCGCCAUUAUAACGGCACAAUAUUGUGAAAAGUUGGCCGUCGAUGCGAUGUUGGAAAAUAAAGAGACAUUCGUCCGGUAUACUACAGUGGGAAGUUCUUCUCCUGAAAAAGACCUAUCCAACGGUUAUCACACACAACAGAUGACGAAGAGCAAACGUUUCGGCGAAUCAAAUGUGUACACAUUGGGCAACAUUGGUGCGCAUCGCAUUGUUAGCACAAAAUUGCCAUCCGUGGGUAGUACUCGCGAAGCGAUGACAGCCACUGGAAACACAACAACACGUCUGUUGGGAACAUUUCAAAAGGUCGAUUAUGUGUUUAUCGUUGGCGUCGCUGGUGGCAUUCCACAUUACACUGAUUUCAAGAAACAUGUUCGACUUGGUGACGUUGUCAUUUCACAUAUCGAACAGAAUCGCUUGUUCAAUGGAAAUACAAACGAAAAGCCUAGCAUUUAUUUCUACAAUGGUGGUGAUGAGCAGGGCACUCGUCGUUACUAUCCAGUGAAUGCAUGUUUGCAAGAAAUUUCCAAAAAUCUGCUGUAUGCAUCAGAAGGAAAGCGGCCAUGGGAAGCGUACAUCAGAGAAGGGCUUCAACAUUUACAAGAACGCACGGAAAAUGAUUUUACACGACCAGCUGCAAACACCGACAAACUGUAUAUGAACAUUGGAAACGGAGAAGUGAUUGAAGUGCAACAUCCACAACCGAUGGUAGACAAUGUCGAUGGCAAUUCAUUCGGUCAGAACCGAUUGCAUUUGGGUCCAAUUGGAUCUGGCAAAGAAAUCGUACGAUCCGAAUCGGAACGUAUCGAAUUUGCACGAACACAUGGUUUACUUGCCACCGACGUUGAAAUGAGCUCCGUCUUGGACAGCAUCAUCGGCAAUUGUCGUGACAGUUUUAUCAUAGUCAAAGGAAUAUCGGACUACAAAGAUGGCAUCACGACCAAAAAAUGGCAAAACUAUGCUUCACUGGCCGCUGCAGCCGUGACAAAGUCAAUUAUCUGUGCAUUGGACGCUCCAACUAAUGUUUAGACUAUAUUUACCAAUUACCGAACUUACUAAAACAUUAUCUCUUUAUUGCAAUCGAAGAAUAACGACUAAUGCAAUAAUCUCAUAUUCCAAAUGUGUAGGUGAAUGGCUCACAUUAACAGUUAGAACAGUGAAUUUACAUGUAAUACGAAAUUGUUUGUAGUUUCAAUGAUAAACGAAAUAUUGAAAUCGAUAUGAUAGCAAAAAAAAAUCCACACCUAUUAAGCACUUCCAUUCAAAUAAAUAUACGAUUCUCUUCCCCAACCACAGAUACCACUUGGAUUGGUAUUUUAGAGAAAAAAAUUUAAACGACUAAUUCAAUUUUUUUUUUUAUAUUUAUUCGAAUAUUUAUUGUGAAUGAGAGCUUGUCGUAGAGAUAGGAGACAUGAAAAACACGCAUAUCUGAUUGGCGAUGGAAGUCAUGGACAAAACAAAAAAAAUUGAUAUUCACUUUAGAUCGCUUUAGAAAAUUUAAAUAAAUUUGAUGUUUAUUCAACCACAAUACAAGAA